GGCUAGUUUCGCGAAAGAUAUUUUUAUUUUGGGCCAUUUGAAAAAUGUAGAGAGACAAUGGUAAAGUUAAAAGUUUGCUCCUUAUGUAACAGCCAAGCCAGAUGACAAUUUGGCAUGCUAAGACUCUAGGCAAGAGUUUUUUUCCACUUCAUAUGCUAUUUAAAGAUUGUGCUGCUGGGUUCUGAUUUUAUGACAAGCUGGGAAGUGAACUGUGCACUUAUAGGAAGUUUGAAAAAGUUGUGUUUUGCAGAGAAAUAUAAUUCUAUAAAGGUCUUUUGAAAGGGAAAACAAUUCUGGCAUUUGAUUCUGGAGAGAUUGAUGUUCACUUCAAUGCCUAUACAUGCCACCGGAUGAAUUUAAGAAUUAAAAGAAAUAAUUGACAAUGGACAUAAAUAGCGAAGAAGUGACAGCAGAAUUUUUGGCAUGGCAGAGCAGGAAAUGGCGUACAGAGUUGAACUUUUCAACAAGCUUACUCAAACUUGCUUUGACAAAUGUAUAGAGAAGAGGUAUAAAGAAUCGGAACUGAAUAUGGGAGAAAACAGUUGCAUUGAUCGUUGUGUUGCCAAAUACUGGCAGAAUAUGACAAUUGUAUAUCAGUUGCAAAAAUAUCUUCCCAUGAUGAAGAUGGUUAUCCGGAGGCCAUAUGUAAAUCUAUCUAAUAUCCUUGAUCAUCUACAUCAGAGCAAUGUGAAUGAUUAUCAGGUUCAUCAAACUACGCUAUUGUUCAAAGCUUAUACCCAUUCAAAUGGCUUCAUCUGAUCAUUCCCAAACAAUGGACAAAGAAGUGGACGAAGACAAAGAUGUGCAAGAGAAUUCAUUUGUGUCCAUAUUGUAGAGCAACUGGUUAGGAAUUCUCUGUACUUGAUUCAUCUAAGUCUAAACCUUUCCAUUCCAGUUGACAUGGUUUGCAGGUUCAUAUAGGAACCUAAGGAAAGCCAAUGGUGUAUAUAUAGCCAAGAGGGUAUGGUUGUACAUUCAUGAAACUACUCAAUUGAGUACCGCGUACUUGUGUGGAGGUAAAAGGUUUGUUGUUAGAUAUACUCACUUGGAUUAGAUUGGGAUGUUGAAUAUAGAUGGUCUACUUCAUAUGUUCCGUUUGGGCUUUGUCCUGUAAUUAGGGUGAGCAAAAUGUAGAAAGUUAUUGCUAUAUCGACUACAAGAGCUGAAUUUAGAGGAGCAUCUAAUGGAAUACAUGAGAUUACUUGCAUCUAAAAGUGUGUGUCAUGGAGUUAAUUCUACAACUUGAACAUCCUCAUGUGAGUGAAUUUGUGAUGGAGUUGCAUCUUGCAAAGGAUUUGCUUGGCAUUAUGUAUUUGCACAAUGGGCUAUUACAGUUGCUUAUAAUCUGGUUGAGAGGCCACAGACAAGAGCAUAAUUAGGUCUGCAUUUACUUCAUUUGACUUUAUAUUUAUGUUGGAUUGAUAGAUUUACAAUUUGUGAGGGAUGACUAUAUUGUGGACAUCUUCAUCGAGCAAAAAUUAUUUAGCUGAGGGACUUACUUGGGGAAGUGUUCUGUAAGUUCGUCUUUCCUUUAGGCCACCUAAGUAGUGAUAUUUGGGGAAUGUCAAGAACAGAUGUAAAUCUCUCUUAUCAGCCCUGCCUUUUUCUUUUACAUUUAUGGAAUAGGUUAGGAUUUAUGUCAGCUCAUAGGCAUGAGUGGCCAACUCUCCCUUCGUUUUUAAAAAAGUUACAUUUGCCCACCUACAAAAGAACAAUUGUAACAUUGAUUGUUCUUUUAUUGAGUACAUAGCUCACUAUCUUUUUGUUUUCUGAAUAUUCUCUUGCACGUUUGUGGAUAUUUCUUUUUUGUUGAUUAGGGAUUGUUGCACCUAAAGUCACACAUCAUUAAAGGGGAACUUGCUGUUCAAGGCAAAUUGUCUAGAAGAUGUUCUAAACUAGAGGAGUUUUUGGACUUGCUGAUUAAAUUAUAUUUGUCCUGAAGGGUUUCCGAACUAGAUGAUGAAUUUAUGGCAAAAUUUGUAAUUAAGAUGUCAUUUAAUAUUAGUAGUAGAUGAACCCUCGACAUUUUAAGUCACUUCGAUUUUUGUUAUGGCAUUAUGACUAAUGGGUGAUUGUCAAAUUAAAUCAAUGAAUUAGAUAACUGUACAUUUAAGUCUUGAAAAGUAGAAAUUGGCUUCUAAGGUUGAUGGUAUAUUUUUUCAUACGAAGAGGCCACCUGAAAGGAUAAAGACUAGUCUCUUCAUUUCUUAGAAGUAUAGUUGCAUGGAGACGCGUCUCUGACAUCCUGGGAUGUGUCUCAGAGACCAAGACAUGUCUCCAGUACUGGAGACCUUGCCUGAGACGUCUCCAAUUGCAAGAGACUUUCAACUGUGGUCUCCCGAAGACUCCUGCUAUCUCCCACACAAAAGGCACUGGCUCCCACACAAAAAACAAAAUUCCCUAAAAGGAAAAAAGUUAAAUGUACCGGGAAGCUUGAAAAUAAACACACCAAUGCAUUACAAAAGUUAAAUGUACCGGGAAAACAUGAGCCAACGCAAGGCAGAAGUCAAUGCAAGCUAAUAAGACUACAAGUAUUUGCCAUUUGGCUAUUUUCACUUCGAUGCAAAACUCAAAAGAUAUUCAUAUUUUCUAUAUUCUUCUUCUUGUUCUUUUAAUUCCUUUAUGUAGACUUUGUGGUAUACACAAUGGGGGUGAAUUCUAUUAGAUCCU